CUGCCACAACACGUCAUUCAUUUCGACGCACGUUGCUCGUUUAGCAGAGUUAGCAUUUAGCAGAGAAAUCCACGCAGCUUCACAUGGCGAAUGGCUGCAAAGACGUGUUGUUUACACGCGGGUCUGCUCAGAGUGAUGAUUCUGACAUAUGGGACGACACCGCUCUGAUAAAGGCCUAUGACAAGGCAGUCGCAUCAUUCAAGACUGCACUUAAAGGUGAAGAUGAGCCACAAGCGUCAAAGAAAAGCCAACCAGGGAAAAAACGCAAAAACAACAAAAAGAACCAGAGUAGGAAGAGAACCAACGCACCAGACAAAGAGUGGCAGGUUGGUGACACAUGCUGUGCUCACUGGUCAGAAGAUGGUCAGCUCUAUCCAGCAACCAUCUCCUCCAUAGACGAGCAGCGAGGCACAUGUUCAGUGGUUUACACGGGCUACGGCAACGAGGAGGAGAAGAACCUUGAAGACCUGCUGGAAGGGAGUUCUGAUGGUGACAACGAGACAAAUCUCAAGGCAAACGAGGUAGAAUCGUCAACAGAGGAGAGUGAGCGGUCGUCCACACCAAACCAGCACAAACAGAAGCCUCACAGUAAAGCUCAGAAGAACAAACCCCACAAAGAAACUCCUCCUCCUUUCAUGUGGGCUCCUGGUUUCCCCGGGUUUCCUCCAGGUCCUCCGCCCAUGCACACUUUCAAACAGAAGGGAAACAGGCGAUCUGGUGGUCAUGGACCUCCAUCCUGGCCUCCCAUGAUGCCGUUUGGUCCACCAAUGAUCCCUCCACCUCCACCAAUGAGCCCUGACAUGGUGGAUGAUGAGGCCUUGGGCAGCAUGCUUAUCUCCUGGUACAUGAGUGGAUAUCACACAGGAUACUACCUGGGUUUGAAACAAGGUCGUAAAGAAGCAGCCGACUGGACAAAACUGCACCACAAAUGAAAACGUAAUGUUAUGAAAUGAGUGUGCUCGGAGUUCAUGGACAUGAGUUUUGUAUUCUUUGUAAAUAGAUGAAAUAAAGGCUAUCGGAGCAGA